AUGAUACAACACGAAACAGCUUUUGACCUUUUUCAACGGCUUAAUAUCAAAGACGAUGAUCAAUAUCAAUCGAUUAUUGCUCGUCUAAAUCGUUAUUAUGAAAUAUUGUUUCCAAAUGGUUUUAAUAAUCAAGGUCAAUUAAUCGAAUUAUUAGAUAAUAAUCGAAUAAUAACAAAAACAUUUCUUCAUGGUUUUAUUUCUGAUUAUAUCGAUUAUAUGAAAUAUCGAAAUGAUUUACUUCAUUUACCAUUGAAAUCAGAAGAAAUUUUAUCAAAUUCACCUCGAGCUAAUAAAGAUUCAGCUCAAUCAACUGUUUCAAUAUUAGAAGUUCAACUUAAUUUCAAUGAAUCGAUUACAUUCCUCUAUAUUGAUACAGAAUUUAAAGAAUGCCCAUUUAGUGAUAGUAAAUAUAUUCAAUGGUUUGAUUGUGAAACAUCAAGUCAACUUAUUUGUACAUUACUUCGUAUGGAACAAUCGUGUUUUAUAGUAAAUCCUAAUCGUCAAUUUAUUCUCAUUAUUGAUUCAAGUACUCAAGUCCCCAUCAAUGAUUAUUUCUGUACGACAACUCGAACACAUGUAAUGCCAAUUGAUGAAAAUAAAUUAUUAACUGUACAAUGGCAUAUGAUUCUCUAUCGUCUUAUAAUGAAAUAUAAAUUAUCGUGUAUACUUAUUGAACAUCUUGAUGUUAAUACUCCUAUGUUUGAUACGAUUAUUGGAAAACGAGAUGAAAAAUUAACAAAACAAAUGAGUAAAAAUAAAGAUGUCCACGGUCAAUUCUCAGAAUUUGCCUUUGGACGUUUAAUGACUGGUGAACAUUAUAGAAAUGAUUGGAAUAAUCAAUUAGAUUAUCGUCAAAUAACUGGUAGUGAUAUGAUGAAAUUUUUAAAUGAACCAAAACAGUCUUCACUUUUUCCUUUAUCUUUACUAAACAAUGAAGAAUUGAAUGGCAACGAUUAA